GACAAGAUUCGCCCCCUGUGGCGCCACUACUACCAGGGCACAAACGGCCUGAUCUACGUGGUUGACAGCAACGACCGGGACCGCAUCGAAGAUGCCCGAGAAGAGCUCAACAAAAUGUUGAACGAGGACGAGAUGCGCGAUGCUGUGCUGUUGGUCUUCGCUAACAAGCAGGACCUGCCAAAUGCAAUGACUGCGGCGGAGGUCACUGAGAAGCUUGGGCUGCACAACCUGCGCCAUCGCCAGUGGUUCAUCCAAUCUGCCUGUGCCACCACGGGAGACGGUCUGUACGAGGGUUUGGACUGGCUCUCGCGGCCCACAGCCAUUGGAAGCCGUUGCGAGCAGAGGUGUUGGAAGCACCUGCAGCUGAACCGGCUCCAUCUGAUUGAAAAGGCAAAGGAAUUGGACCCCCAGCGUAGGGGUGCAGCCUACAGCGGCUCUCUCUUAAUACGUCUCUCGGCCAAUGCUAUGGAGACAGCUGGCGACGCUGAAAAAGGUGUCCUUCGAAGCGACUGGAUUGGACCAGAGCCGGAGGAAGGGCUGCUCAGAGCGGGCUUGCUCAGCCUCGCGGAGGCCAUCGGCACAGAAAGGCUGCUGGAGUUUCCCCGACGAGCCAACGGAACGCCGCUGUUGACACGGCAGGGCUUCUUCGAGCGCCUGCUGAAGGGCGAGACCUCGCUCCUGGACUGCGCCGCUGCAGAUGCUUCUGCUGCCGAGGCAGAUGUGAAGAGGCUUGGAUUGCACCAACUCCUGGCGAUCCGUGCUGGAAUGCGCGGCAUCGGCUACCCCAUGAGGAGGAUAGGCUGGGCCGAUUGCAUCGUCCCACGUCCAGACCAGGACGUCGAGCUGCCACAUGCUCGGGGUCUCAGCGGUCGUUCCGCACAAUCUCGACAACGCAACAGCAGGUUCCGCAGACGGCGACCUCUCUGGGACGCAGCUGAGGCACUGGGCCUAAGCGGCCUGCUUCGCCAAACUGGCAGGCUCAUACGGCCUUGGCGGAAGCGUGGUGCCAAGUGGAAGCAGCGGGUGGCGCCUGUUGUGGCCAGAAAUUGGCAGGAGUGGGGUGGCCCGCGCUGGGCGAGGGAAGCAUUGGGGCUGCUUCUUCGCCGGCGCUGGUUUUCACAGGUUCUGUCCACGAAAAGCAGGGCUGAAGCGCUCAGCUUGCUCUUUCUCUUCGUUGCCAAAGGCUCUCCCAACCGCGACCAGAUCAAGGCGCCACACAGGAAACGGAGAGAUUCUGUCGCCCGCUGCCUGUCAGGUGCCAUCUGGCGCUCUCCGGGCACCCCAUACCAGGACCGGGCUGCAGCGCUGCUUUUCGAGGAUGGCCGUUCCUGGCUGCUGGAUUCGGAUGUCAUCGUCUCAUCGGUGGGAAGCCUGCCAAGUGAGAGCUCAUUGCUGACGCAUGUCUGGACAGCUGGCAAGUCGAACUCUGGUGGCGUGCGGGAAGUGGUUUCGCCUCGGUCCGAUGGCUUGGAGGCUGCGGCUUACAGGCUGUUUCGCUCCCUGGGGUCGCCUGCCGGCAGUGCUUUGAUCCUGCUGGACGACCAGCAUCCUCCACUGCCCCUGGUGGAGCACGGGCAGUCUCGGAUCAGGCGUGCGCUCUUCUUGCUCGGCUGUCCAGCUGGGCUGAACCCCUCGCAGGAGCAUGCUUUUGCACGUGCGGCACGUUGUGCUGGCUGGCAGGUCCUUCGGCUGCGUCUGGGCAAAGCAUCGGAGUUUGCCUCGAAGAUGGUUCUUCGACUUCAGGUUUGGCACUCGUGUGGACGCCUUCUACCAUCCCUCGAUGCCAUGACAGUACCUGGAGGUGGACAUGGAGGGACUGAAGGACCCUUCUUGCCGUGGCCAUCGCAGCGCAACCUGGCAACGGACUAUGAUAGCGGCGCUCUGACCAAGGUUGCGGUCCAUUUCCUUGUGCCCAUUGAAACAGAGCUGUCCGAACUCUUGGACCGCGCGGGCCCACACUCCUCGGCUGCUCGUGAUGCGCUGGCUCUGGCAACACGCAGCGCUGUGGCAGCUGUUUGCCACUCAAAGGGCGGAUGGCGCGGCUGCCAGAUCACUUUGUGCUUUCGAUGCGGAGGCAUGAUCACUAUCCGCGGCAGGCUUGCGGACAGGCUGGUCCACACGUCUCGCGCAUUCAGCGAGCGUGUUUUCCUCAAAGAGCUGAAGAAAUCUGGGCUGAAACAGCAGGAGGAAGCCUCUAGCGGGAUAAGAGUGCACAGAGGCCAGAAGAUCAGCUGUGGAGGCGCGCUGGUGCUGGACCUCGCUGCGAACGGAAGCUCGCACGAUCCGGCUUUGAAUGCUAUUCACCCAGCCGAGAAGCUCAGGGCUGCAUUGGGGCGGCGACCUGAAUCCUUCUUCGUCGAUCUCGGGACUAAGAAAGUCACCGCUGCACCACACCAUGUGGCUGCAGCUCUGCGUGGGUGUGAGCGGGCCAAUGCACCAGAGGUCAUUGGCAUCCUCCAGAGCGGCCUCCUGGGCGAGGAGUCCUCAUCCAUGGAAGUUCUGCGAACCGUGCUCAAGGAAAUUACGAGGUGGAAUUUGUUGACAGAGAUAAGUUGCACACGGCUUUCAAUCGUUGUGCACCCUGAAGACGGUGCGGCGAACGGGCUAACGCGUGCAGUGGCGUACGGGAGUCCGUCCGAGCAGGGCAUCGACCCCCUUGUCAUUGACAUCGUGGGUCUUCUCCAGAAGAUACGCGCGUCCAUGUUCCAGGCAAGCUUUCUGAGCCUUGUCGACCGCUGUACAACGUCGCUGCUGGGUCAGCGUCUUCUGGGAGCUGAGCUGGAGGCCCUGAGCGAUGCUCAUCGAGCGCUACUUCUGCGUCACAUCGUGCUGAUUUACGGUGCUUCGCGGACGCUGGCAGCGACAGAGCUGAGCGGCAACGUGAACCUGGACCAAGGUGCAGUCAAGAACCUCAUGGAGGCGCAGAGUGAUCAGAAGGACCUCCCUCCUGAGCAGAUUGUGUUCUUCGUGCGCCAUGGGCAAAGCCGAUGGAACGCCGCGCAGGCGAACCUUUCGCCACUCGGUAUGGUGUGGGAGAAUGACCACGGCCUGUCCGAGGAUGGCCGCCUUGAAGCCGAGGAGCUCAGGCAGAAGCUGAUGGAUGCUAAGGCCCGGGUGAUGAACCCACAGGCAACCUGGAUGACCAGGAUCUUUGACCCUGACGUGAUUUGCAGCUCGCCCUUCACCCGCUGCCUCGAGACUGCCUGCAUAGCUUUCAAGGACUUCAUUCCGAAGUCUGGGCUAGAGAUCUUCCGCGAGGCGCGGGAGCACAAGAAGCUCGGAGGCUUCGAUUCAACCGGCGUUGCAUGCGGCAAGGACAUUCCAGAACGAGUGCGAGCUGAGCUGGAAGCCGUGUACCAGGCCAGCCCAGAUUCUGAAAGGACAGAAGCUGUGCUCAAGGAGUUCGACACGAUCCACAUCGACACGUCGACCGUUGAGGACGAGUGGUGGGGAGGCAUGCUGGGCGAAAGCUAUGCUGACAUAGACGAAAAUCAGCAGGCGUUGAUGCGUCGACUUCGGAGCAUGCGCGGUUCCGUGGCGGGUGGUGGAGCUGCAACCGUGCUGGUUGGCCACUCCUACUGCAUCCGUUCUAUCUUCGACGCUUAUCUUCCGAGCAGCGCAACCCCGGAUGCUUCUUCCCUUCGCAGCAAAGCGCUUCCAUGCUGUGGCGUCGUCGGAGCCAGGAUUGUUUGGACCGAUGCUGGCCUUCCGGUCAUACGCGAAGCCGUUCCGCUGCUGGCAACCCAUCUUGAGCCAGCAGAGCGCGAGGCGGACGGGCAGGGGAGCCGCGCCAGUAGCUGUGCUUGUGGGCGCGGCAAGGUUGAUUGCGAGCGGAGCUUAGUCUCCAACUCCAAGACAGUUCCCAUCUCCAUUUGCUGCCUCGCUGUGCGUGGCACUUCGAGGUGA